AUGAUUGGCAGGUUGAGAAAGAUGAAAGUUUUCAUCUUGUUUGCAAUCACAUUGGUGCUUGCAUCAGUUCAAGAGGUGAGGUCCGAUGGAGAUCAGCCCUUGUCGAAAAUCGCAAUUCACCGGGCAGUUUCUGCUCUUCAUGACAAAGCUUAUGUCAAAGUCUCCUCUGAGGUUCUUGGACUGAAGGGGGAGACUUCAGUUUGGGUGAAUCUGCAGUUCAGUUCUCCUCGCCCUUCAAAUGAUGAUUGGAUUGGAGUAUUUUCUCCUGCAAAUUUCAGUGCUUCAACCUGUCCUGCAGAAAAUUCUUGGAUGACUGCUCCACUUUUAUGUACUGCACCAAUUAAGUACCAGUAUGCGAAUUACUCUAGUCCAAAGUACCAAGAUACAGGGAUAGGCUCAUUGAAGUUACAGUUGAUUAAUCAGAGAUCAGACUUCUCAUUUGCACUAUUCUCCGGUGGAUUAUCAAACCCAAAGCUGGUGGCAGUCUCCAGUAGAGUAACAUUCGCCAAUCCAAAAGCUCCAGUUUAUCCACGCUUAGCACAAGGCAAAAUGUGGAAUGAGAUGACUGUAACAUGGACAAGUGGAUAUUCUCUGGGGGAAGCAGCACCUUUUGUUGAAUGGGGUCAAAAAGGAGGAGAGCUUGUGAGAUCCCCAGCCGGGACUUUAACCUUCGAUCGCAACACUAUGUGUGGUGCACCAGCAAGAACAGUGGGAUGGCGAGAUCCUGGAUAUAUACACACUGCUUUUCUAAAGGAAUUGUGGCCCAAUACAGUGUAUAUCUACAAGCUAGGACACAAAUUGUCUGAUGGUUCAUAUGUUUUCAGUCAAGAAUACCAGUUCAGAGCCUCUCCUUAUCCUGGUCAAAAUUCCCCUCAAAGUGUUGUUAUAUUUGGUGACAUGGGAAAGGAUGAAGAGGAUGGUUCCAAUGAAUACAACAAUUUCCAGAAAGGCUCCCUCAAUACUACCAAGCAGCUUAUUCGAGACCUGAAGAACAUCGAUAUUGUCUUCCAUAUUGGAGAUUUAUGUUAUGCAAAUGGUUACCUUUCACAAUGGGACCAAUUUACUGCACAGGUUGAGCCAAUAGCAUCUUCUGUUCCAUACAUGGUUGCAAGUGGAAAUCACGAGCGUGACUGGCCUAAUUCCGGUUCCUUUUAUGGAACCACAGAUUCAGGUGGGGAAUGCGGUGUCUUAGCCCAGACCAUGUUUUAUGUACCUGCUGAGAACAGGGAAAAAUUCUGGUAUUCAACUGACUAUGGCAUGUUCCGGUUCUGCAUAGCCGACACAGAACAUGAUUGGAGAGAAGGAACAGAGCAGUACAAGUUCAUUGAAAACUGCUUCGCAACAGUCGAUAGACAAAAGCAACCAUGGCUGAUAUUUCUUGCACAUCGCGUACUGGGUUACUCUUCUGCGAGCUUUUAUGUAGCUGAAGGAUCAUUUGAGGAGCCAAUGGGAAGGGAGAGCCUUCAGAAACUAUGGCAGAAGUACAAGGUUGACAUUGCUGUAUAUGGCCAUGUGCACAAUUAUGAAAGGACAUGUCCCAUUUACGAGAAUAUCUGCACCAGCAAAGAGAAGCAGAAUUACGCAGGUAACCUGAACGGGACAAUCCACGUGGUUGCUGGGGGAGGAGGAGCAAGCCUUGCAACCUUUGCUCCGAUCAAUACGACAUGGAGUAUCUUCAAGGACCAUGACUAUGGAUUUGUCAAAAUGACUGCAUUUGAUCACUCAAACCUGUUGUUUGAGUACAAGAAAAGCAGCGAUGGAAAGGUCUACGACUCUUUCAAAAUAUCCAAGAAUUACAGAGACAUCUUGGCCUGCAGUGUUGAUAGUUGCCCAAGUACAUCACUAGCAUCUUGAAUUCAGAAAAUCUGAAUAUGAACAAUUAGUGACUGAUGAUCGAUGUAACUUUGUUAUCA